GCCUCGAUAAUCAUACGAGGCGGAUCGCGCGUCGUAUAAUUUUCGUGCGAUAAAGUUGUCGACCACGGGACCAACAUGCCCGGGGGUGUCGUAUUCCUGGUCUGUAUUCCCACUCUGAGCUACGAGCACGAACUUGUGUUCGGUAUACCGCUGAAGCGCUCGAAAAAAAACGAGAAGAGCAAAAGUAAGAUCGCGCCGAAGGUGGAUCUUCGUCUGAAGGAAACGAAAACACGCGCGCAAUUACUCACGCUCGACGACGACGAUCAUACUGACGACGACGAUGACGACGAUGACAUUGAUCCCAGGAAGCGCGCUCGCGGUCCCACGCGAUCGAAAACACCGAUGUUCGUGUCGAUGGAAACGGUGUUGGAAGAACUUCUCAAGAAGCUUAGAGUAGAGCACGUGGUGUGGUGCAAGGACAAGGAGGACAUGUAUUACGAGGUGAUAUUUCCGGUCCCCGCCGGCGAACCUUGCGAGAAUUGCAUACAUUGCCUCACCGAGAUGGGUAUCGGCGUUAAAAUGAACUCGAUAGUAAGCGUAAUCCCGACACAAUGUACGUAUAGCGGUGUGAACGGUGCAGGAUCGUUGGCUAUCAAGGACGAUGCUGCUCGCAGACGAAAAGAAUCGGAGGAUCGUAAAAACGCUUGGGACGCUUUUGUAGGAACUAUCAGAUCGAAAUUGACGGUGAAACAGGUAGUCGACGGCGUUCGCAGUGGCGGUGAUCUUUCUUUCGAUUACGUGCUGCUGGUAUUAACCGCGGAUUGCCUCGCCGCACUCGGUCUCGUCGAGAACAGUGCGACCAAUGUCGUUGCAGCCAUGCUGGUUUCUCCCCUCAUGGGACCUGUGAUGUCUCUGACUUUCGGGACGAUCAUAGCCGACAGAGACCUGCAACUGGUCGGCCUGAAAAGCUUGAUGCUCGGUAUCUUCUUAUCGAUACUCUUCGGCUUUAUAUUCGGCCUUAUCCUCGGUACAACCGAAAUGCCCUGGGGCUACAAUGAUUGGCCAACCGACGAAAUGAAGGGCAGAGGCAACUAUAGAUCGCUUUGGAUGGGUGUUCUUUGGGCCCUUCCAUCCGGCACAGGUGUCGCAGUCGCUUUGUUACAAGGCAGUAAUGGACCGCUAAUUGGCGUCGCCAUAUCAGCUUCAUUACUACCGCCAGUCGUUAACUGCGGCUUAUUUUGGGCUUUAGGAUGCAUAUGGCUUAUAUACCGACCUAUAAAAAUGCCCCAUAUCAAAGGAGAAUCUUAUACGAAUUUUAAUAGCACGUAUACAUAUAUCUACAGCGAUUACUUGCCCGUAGAAUUCUUCUGCAAUGGCAUUAUCAGCGCGUGUCUGACGUUUAUCAAUGUAAUGUGCAUCUUUAUUACGGCGAUAAUAGUCUUGAAGAUUAAAGAGGUGGCAGCACCAUACACAUCCACUCCGGAACUACGUCGGUUCUGGGAACACGACAUUCGUCUAGUUCGCGAUAAAAAUAUCUCUAGAGAUAACAGUUCCUUGGAUUCAAGUUUCUACGAUGGACUGAGUAAAACUAAACAACGAGCGUUGGAACGCACGCUAAAUGAAGCAGUCAGAGAGGCGAUGAACGACGAAACUUUCAGAAAAGUACAAAGGCUUAGCUACGGACAACACGGGCCAGAAGAGAUUGGUCCUCGGCUUGGUCUUCAUAGUCGUGGAACUACGGGUAGGGAUAAUAAAGAGAGUGGAAGCAUGGAAGAAAUACUAGGUGGAGAGUUACGGCAUAAAGGCUUAGCAAAUUCUGGCAAUACAAGCGAAGAUUUGGCCGCAUUGGAUCGUUUAAUAACAUAUCUUCUAAGCCAGCCACCAAGCAAUCCCACUGACAGCAAUUUAGAUUCAUGGAGACGCUCGCAUCGAGCUAGUUCACGAGGCUAUAGACAAUUACAUGGCACGGCCGCCGAUAUUGCGGAAAAUGGCGGCGUUGGCACUACGCCUCUGUGAAUAGUUGACAUUUAAAGAAAAGUCGACAUUGCAUAUAAAAAUAGCAAGUACGAUAGCUAGUUUUGAUUCAAAUGUCAAUGUAAAACAAAAUUGUAAUAAGGAUGAGGCACACAAUAUAUAAAUACCCAACAAGUAUAUAAAUACACAGUAAUUUUUGCUAAAGAUGUGGUAAAUUAUUGACAUCUGUAUCACAAUUUACACAACGUAGCGAAUACAUAUAAGUACUUUAAAAA